UUGGGUCGCUUCCUCAUCGGAUCCAGCAAAGAAACACAAAUUCGGAUGUUCGCUUUCUGCCGCGCGUUGCGGUCAGAAUUCCUCAGCGGUCGACGGCCGAUUUGGGAUGAGGACGCCAAUCUGAGUUUGGGGCUCUUUUUUUCAUUUGCUGCUGGAAAACCUCAAAAUUGUGUUUUGCGGAUGGACUCGAGUCCCAACUUUUUUCUCCCGUGUUUGCUUUUUAACAGCUUUCCGCGGAAAGCGAUUGCGAGGUGGGAACGGACGGGAUUCGUUCAGGCAAGGGAACAAAUCCCACAUUUAAGAUGAUUGAAGAGCGGGUUCGGUCGUCCGCUCACAAACGUCGCCGUUCAAUGCCGGACGGGAUUCGUUCAGGCAAGGGAACAAAUCCCACAUUUAAGAUGAUUGAAGAGCGGAGCACAAAGUCCUCCGUCGUGGACCCUCGCAAGUGGCGAGGCCGCAAAAUCGCGUGGCGCGCACACACAGGAAACACCUGCGAUACGCGAGCGACACUUCACGCCGACGACGUUGACCUCGUUUGCCGCUUUCCGAGACUCCAUCGACUCCAGUAGAAAGUCGAGCCCGAACGUACUGAAGAUGUGUUGGGCUCACGUAGUUGAUUUUAGGUCAAUAUUAAAAAAAAAAAAACAGAAAAAACUUACAAAAAAAAAAAAUUACACACGAGCCAAACGCCGACAGCAAGUGUACGCCGGGCUUUUUUUUUUAAAGGGUGAGUGCUGGACUUUCAUUUGAAAAAGGUUUUAUUUUACUCCUUGUAGACUUGCCUGCACUUUGGCAACAAUUUGAGCCUGGAACAGAAUUUUUCAAUGCAGAUUAUUUCCUGAUUUCUAUUUCCUUCAUUUCACCGAAAUUCUUUUUUUUUUUUUUCACUCUUCUCUGUAGAGUUAAUAAGGGCAGUAACAGAUUCUUUUGCGUGAGAAAAAUUGUUUUGAAAUGAGAACAAGUUGGAGGUGAAGCAGCAUCCCAGCGGCAUUAAGGUUCAUUUCAUUUCAUUUCCGAUUCUUCUUCUUCUCCUCGUCUUGUUUCCAAGCGCGAGCUGAAAUCCGAUCCCGGAUCUGCACCCAGGCCAUCGGCGUGUGUGACGCGUGCUGAUGCCGAUUGACCCCGCGGGCACAAAAGGUCAACGUUUGCGUGCGCGCAUAAGUCUUUCGGGUUCACGCUCACGCGUGGCUCACGGCGCGAGCGUCACGUUUCGCAUACUGUCCGUGACACGCGAUGCGUGCGACGCGCGCGUUUGCUCUCUUGUUACAAAGCGGCCAUCGCGCACGUAUACGAUGCACGUCGACGGGGACGAGCGACGAGAGCCCAGCCGGGAGGAUCGAACGUCGCCACUCGCCGUCCGUCGUUCAGAGAAAAUCGAGCUCGCGGGUGGCGUCGCCGAGUUCACGCCCUCGUCUCGUGGAAAAUGAGAGCGGCGGCGGCGGCGGCGGCGCUGAUUGCCGGGAUGCUCAGCCUUCUGGCGCAAGCUUGUCAGGGUGCCCGGGGACAUCACGCUCGCAAACUUCUCCGCGACCUGAUGCGGGACUACUCCAAUGCCCUGCGGCCCGUGCUGGACACGGACAAAGCCCUCGACGUCUCCCUUCAGAUCACGCUUUCCCAAAUUAAAGAUAUGGACGAGCGGAACCAGGUGCUGACCACCUACCUGUGGAUCAGGCAGGUGUGGCACGACGCCUACCUCAAGUGGAACAAGGAGGACUACGACGAUGUGGAGAUGAUUAACAUCCCCAGUGACCUGGUUUGGAAACCUGACAUCGUCCUCUAUAACAAAGCCGACGAGGAGUCGUCGGCGCCGUCCGACACCAACGUGAAGCUGCGCUACAACGGCGAGAUCGUCUGGGAUUCUCCGGCCAUCACCAAGAGCACCUGCGUGGUGGAUGUCGCCUACUUCCCUUUCGACCGGCAGCGGUGCAACCUCACCUUUGGCUCCUGGACCUACAACGGCAACCAGGUGGACGUCAGUUUGGGGAUGGACAGCGGCGACCUGUCUGACUUUGUGGAGAACGUGGAGUGGGAGUGCCACGGCAUGCCGGCCACCAGGAACGUCAUGAUGUACGGCUGCUGCUCGGAUCCUUACACCGAAGUCACCUACACUUUGCUCCUGAAGCGCCGGUCCUCUUUCUACAUCUUCAACCUGCUCCUGCCUUGCUUCCUCAUCUCCUUCCUUGCCCCGCUGGGCUUCUACCUGCCGGCCGACUCCGGGGAGAAGGUGUCUCUGGGGGUCACCGUGCUGCUGGCGCUCACCGUCUUCCAGCUGCUGGUGGCCGAGAGCAUGCCGCCCGCCGAGAGCAUGCCCUACAUCGGGAAGUACUACAUUGCGACCAUGACCAUGGUCACAGCGUCGACGUCUCUCACCAUCUUCAUCAUGAACAUUCAUUUCUGCGGAGCUGAGGCCAAGCCAGUCCCCCGCUGGGCCAAAGUCCUCAUCAUAGACUACAUGUCCAAAAUCUUUUUUGUCUACGAGGUAGGGGAGAACUGCACCAGCGCAGGGAGUGAGACGAGCCAGCCGUGCCCCGACGAAACGGCCGGCGACGUCGACUUCGGCCCCGACCACCGCGAGCUCCGCCGCCAGGACGGCUGCAAAACCCGCCCCUUUGGCAAAACAAGCGACGAGCGCGAGACGAGAGAGGCCCCGUGGCACCGAACGCAUCGCAAGGACUCGGAGGCCGCGACUCACCCUCCGGAACUCCGGCGCUGGAAUGGAGGAGCCGAGGAGCGGGUCCUCUAUCCCGGGGGGGAACGUCCGCCGCCGGCCUGCGCCUGCAGCCUCCGACACGAUCAGGUGGUGAAGAACAUCCAGUACGUGGCCGACUGCUUCCGAGAGCAGAGGGCAACGUGCCUCAAGGCUGCCGAGUGGAAGAAGGUCGCCAAGGUGAUGGAUCGAUUUUUCAUGUGGAUCUUCUUCGUCAUGGUCUUCCUCAUGAGCGUCCUGAUUAUCGCCAAAGCGUCGUGACGGCUCGUUUUCAACGCUAAUCCUCGAUCGGUCACCUCAUUCCUCUUUCGGAGGCGCAACGAAUUGAAAAGCUUCGGCGUCGACAUCCAAGACGACAAAGGAGCCGUAAAACGAUAUCGGCCGCAGCGAGCCUCCAUUAUUGAUGGAACCCGAGACGGGAACGCGGCCGUCGGCGGCGCUUAUUGGCCGGCUCUUCGGGUACCGCUAAUGGGCCUCUUUUUUUUUUUUUUUGGCUUGGUCUUCACACCACCUCCAGCACCUCCAUCACUUCCUGCACUUGUCUUCUUGUCUGCGGUGCAUGUUCCUUCAUGGAAUGACGUGGAAACAAAUGAUGAAGAAGAAGAAGAAGAAGCGAUGGCGCCGACACGUCCUUGCAGCAAUUUUCCAUACAGUAGGCCGCUACCGAAUUUUGUCCAGCCUGCAGUUUGUCACAUAGCAGCCUGGAUGUUGCU